AUGGAAAUUCAAGUAUCCGAUGAAGCCAAUAGUGUUUUCUUUAAACUGGAGAAUAAUUAUUUAAACUUUGAGACCUUUCAAUUUUAUUUUUCUGGUGCUCGUGGUCUAGUAUUUGGCGGUAAUCCAAAAAUUUGCGUGCCGAUUAUUAAUGAUCAAUUUCAGUUACGUCACGAUGUACUAGAAUACAAUGUAUUAUAUAAAACUCGAAAAAUAACGGAUGAAAGUCGUGAUCAAUUAAUAAUGAACUAUUUCCAAAGUUUAUAUACAUACAAGGAAAUUCGUCAUUUGCUAGCAGUUAAACAUAAUUAUCAUAUAUCGGAGCGUUCAUUGAAAAGAAUUUUAAAAGGACUAGGAGUUAGAAGAAAAAAUAUUGUGGAGAGUGAAACUGAACUUAUCGUAAAAGCUCUCAUUGAAAUUCAUAGCACUUCCGGUUUUAAUUUAGGAUAUAGAUCUUUGUGGCAACGACUAAAAACAGAAUGUAAAUUAACAAUGAAGAGAGAUACUAUUCUCAAAUAUUUAAGAAUCAUCGACCCAGAAGGAAUAGAAGCUCGCUCCAGGUACCGACUAAAGCGUCGACAAUAUUCAUUGUCCGGGCCCAAUCAUUUGUGGCACGUGGAUGGUCACGACAAAUUAAAAAAAUUUGGUUUUGCCAUACAUGGUUGCGUAGAUGGUUACUCCAGAAAAGUUAUUUGGUUAAAUGUAGCUACAAUUAACAACAAACCCGAAGUGAUAGCGUACUAUUAUCUGCAAUCGUCAAUUUCCCAUAAUUGUGUACCCUGUGUUAUAAGAAGUGAUAAAGGUACAGAAAAUUUUUAG